AUGGAGAAUGGUCAGUCCCAGGCCCCGCCUGCACCCUCCUCCCCAGUCAAGGCCAGCAUCCUGACGCCCGGGCCCUUCAGGUCACCCAAGUCCCGUGUCGUGUACAGCGACCGCCUGAUCCCCUCCCGCGCCGCCACCUCCCGCCUCGACUACUCGCUGCUGGAGCGGGAGGCGGCGGCGGAGGCCGGGCGCCCCCGCCAGUCCCUGGACCCCGGCGCCGACCCCGGCGCCGACCCCGGGUCGAGUGCGGGGGCGUACGCCCAACUCCUGCGCUCCCAGCUGCUGGGAUGCCCGCCGCCUUCCCCCGACCGCGCCAGCGGCGGCGGUGCCGCCGGCGCCGGUGCGGGGCUCGCCCCGCGCAGCCCCACCCGCAGCCCGGCGCGCAAGCUAUUCCGGUACAUGGCCGGGGACGCAGAGACACCCCUGUCCGGCGUGCCGCCGGCCUCGCCCUACGCGCGCGGCACGCUGGGCGGCGAGGACCUCGCCGCGGCGACCCCGGGGCUGGCCUCGCCCGCGCGGCCGCUGCGCCGCAUCCCGCGCGCGCCCUUCAAGGUGCUGGACGCGCCCGGGCUGUCUGACGACUUCUACCUCAACCUGGUGGACUGGAGCUCGGCCAACACGCUGGCGGUGGGCCUGGCCUCCGCCGUCUACCUCUGGUCCGCCCUCACCAGCAAGGUCACGCUCCUGGUCGACCUGGGGCCCGACCGUAUGGUCACCUCCGUCGGCUGGAGCGGGCGCGGCAGCUACCUGGCGGUCGGCGUGGACGACGGCCAGGUCCAGAUCUGGGACGUGGCAAAAGCCACCAACGGCUCCCGCGACGCCGGCAUCCUGCUGCGCGACCCGCGCGCGCCGCCGCCCUUCUCCGUGCGCCUUUCCGCGCACCGCUCCGAGGUGUGCGGCCUGCGCUGGGCGCACGACGGCCGGUCGCUGGCCUCCGGCGGCAACGACAACCUGCUCUGCGUCUGGGACGCGCGCUGGUCGGGCAGCGGGGGCGGCGGCAGCCCGACGCCUCCCGCCGGCGCCACCGCGCCGGCCAGCAAUCCGUCGCGGCCGCUGCGGCGCUGGACCGACCACAGCGCGGCGGUCAAGGCGCUGGCCUGGUCCCCGCACGCGCACGGCGUGCUGGCCUCCGGCGGCGGCUCCGCGGACCGCACCAUCCGGCUGUGGAACGCGGGCACCGGGUCCUGCCUGCAGACCGUGGACACCGGCUCCCAGGUCUGCUGCCUGGCCUGGGCCAAGAACGCCAACGAGCUGGUGUCCACCCACGGCUACAGCCAGAACCAGGUGGUGGUCUGGCGCUACCCGGCCAUGACCAAGCUGGCCACGCUGACGGGGCACACGCUGCGCGUGCUCUACCUCGCCCUCUCCCCCGACGGCCAAACCGUGGUCACGGGGGCGGGGGACGAGACGCUGCGCUUCUGGAACGUCUUCCCCGAGGCCAGGGGCAAGGGCGCGGCGGGGCCCGCGGGGGGAGUCGGGGCCCACCUCCACGCCUCCAUCCGAUGA